AUGAGCUUCCAUCCCGACGACGCAGCCGGCCGCGCUCGAUACAGCGCAUUCGCUCCCUCGCCUGCGUCCAGCCACGACUACUCGUCCAACAGUACCAAGCAUUCCGGCACCCCUGUAGCAUCAGCGUUCAAUGUACCCGGCCAUGCCAUCUAUAUCGCCGAUCCCCAUCGAUUCGGCGUCCUGUCGAUCAACAUCGACGCCACUACCACCAUAGUCACAUCGCCUUCCUCCGUGCUUCCUAGGACUGCGCCUGUCUCUCCAAACCCGCAAACAUCUCGUCCUCCGCUCUCGCCCAGUGCCCACCGCAAUGCAUCCUCCUCCAAGCUCGCAUCGCCCCAGCCGCCGCCUUCGUCCUUCCAACAUCCUCCCACAAAGGCGGGCAGGGCGAGACCCCUCAGCCAAGAGUUCGGCCAGAAGGCUCGAGAUGUGCUCAACGAGUUCGGACGGCUCGCAAGCCGGAGAGCAAGCGCGCUCGAACGUGCAGGCGGCGCAGAGACGCUCGCCCGUGUAGCCGACGGCCUCAGUGUAUCCUCGCAAAGCCACAGCCAGAAUCGUCGCGCGACAUUCCAACCUGCACCUGCUCCUCAGAACUACUCGCCGUUCUCGGUCAGCGACCUUUCGAAACCGCCACCGCUGCGGCUGGCGUCCGAUGAAGCGGCGCUUAUCCGCUCCGCCGUCACGCAAAACUUGUUGCUCGUGCCGCACAACGACCCUCGUCGGCUUUUGUCCACCGUGCCCCUCGGCAUCCAGAGCCGCAUCACACGGUCAGGCGUCUCGUCGUCCGAACAUUCACCAAUCGCUUUCGUCGCAGACCCUCAAGACAAGGAUGAAUCACGCUCCAAUGCAGCGCCUGCCACUCGCGAGGCUCCGGCUGUUCUUGACCCUUCUCGCUUGCUCCUCCAGGUCUCUCCACCGGCCGAGCUGGCAAGGCAAACAUGGACCCGAGAAGCGAGCUCCUUUGCAUCGUACGACUGGUCUCGGCACGAGACGUCAGAAAGUCAUGAUGUCAACCUUCGCUUCCGACUCCGACUCGAAGGUCAUGCCGCCAACACACACAUUGACAAAGUCGGCGCCUCAGGCAAAAUCCUCUUUCUGUCUGCCUCUCAUACACGCAGGCUCAUCGAUGCAAUCGAAUCUCCGCAGUCAAGCAUCGCCACAGCCGAGCUCGCCAGCCUAGAGGGCAUCUCUCGCGUCGAACUCCCGCCUCCAGCCAGCCCACUCUCGGCCAACGUGUCUCGUGGUGCACGAGAGUGCGACUUUGACUGGAGCUGGAAGACGCUGGCUCGCUCAGCCUCGCACGCAGGCUCACGAUGCUGCUGCGCCUUUGUAGAGCUCCAUCCGGAUGGUGCAUCCGCAUCGCUCCUCGCUGCCUUUUCUUUCGUCGUCGAGAUGCCUUCGUCGCCGUCUCCACAUGCGGGCUCCCUGCGCGCCUCCGCCCUUGCCCCGCCGGUGAAAGCGGAAAUGUCGCGAUCGGACUCGCUUGCGCUCAUCGCUGCACUCAACCUCGGCCAGGAUCUUUCCGUGGACAGCGAUGUGGCCUCGCCAUCCCCCGCCUUGCAAGCAGGUCUCGAAUCAGCCGCGACGAGUCCGGCUCUCGAACGCUCGCAGCUGGACCCGCAAGGCGGCUCCCUUCCAGUGCCCAUCGAUCGGACCGAGCUCGCGCUCGAAGACGUCGUCAGCGACUCGCCCAUUUUCCGCGCCGCUCUUGGCAACCUCGAGCGCAGAACUGCAAGCACCAAGAAGCUCUCGAAAGCUCUGCUCAAAGCCGUUCAGGAAUCGCAGGCCCGCACGGCCAAGCUCUUGGAAGCUGAAGAUGUCGUGAAUGCGGCAUUCGACGAUCUCGUCGGCAUAGCUCCCGAAACUCUCGGACGCAUGCAGGAUCACUUCUUGCGCCAAGCGCGAGCCAAAUCCAGUCAGCACCGCAGAGAGCAUGUCGAUACAAUCGAGGCUUGCCUCGAACGUCCGCUUCUGCAGCUGAUCGAGCUCUGUCGCGGCGUGCAAGACGGUUUCAAGCGCUUUGACAGCGAGUCCAAGACGUACUAUUCCCAGACGCAAAAGUGGCUCGCCAAUCGUUCCGACGCGUCGGCCUCGACUCAAUCACACAGCGAUCCCCCGUACCAACCGGCACUCGAGAAGGCUCACAAGCAAGAGCGUGCCGACGAGAAGCAGAAGCUACGCGAAAUGCGCUUCGAGCAGGCUCGUCUGGAUCUCUUCCUCAUGCUGCAGCGCCUGCAUGGCGGUAGAGCCGAAGUCAACCUCGCUCAGCGUAUUCUCCAGCUCUCGCGGUGGUAUGCGGAUUCGCCCACCACCAUCCCCGGCGCAGCACGGUCGGACGACCAGAAGCGCUUCCUGUCGACGUUCGAGGCAGCGCUGCAAGACGCGCUCGACGGGCACGCAAUCCAGCUCGACCAGGCCGAGGCUCGCUCGCGUCAGAUCGGCGACAAGAUCCGAGAGUUGGAAGUGAUGCUAGGCAAAGCCGCUGAUGCCGACAUCGAUGUCGCCGGAGCACACAAAUUCGAGGCGGAGCAAGAGACGCCUCAGGCGCAGCAUCCGGGCGGUGCGGUCGCGUCGAAAGCGCGCAAGCUCAAGUCGUUCCUCGGCGCCUUUGCGUCGAAUAUGAAUGCCUCGCCGCUCACCAACAGCAGGUCGCCUCUGAUGGGGUCCGCCAUGUCCCAGCAGGAGUCCGAUCAAGGUGCUAGCAGCGCCAAUGAGUCGGCUCGGAGGCCAUCUGCUCAACGUCGUCUGUCGCUCAAGCUCAGGAGCGACCGUGAUCAACCCAGAGAUGCCAGUCCGGCCUCACCUCUGCGCUCACAAGCACCGUCGAGUUGGAAAUAUGACGCACUGUCAGGCCAUUCUCGCAGGGGCUCUGAACCCCGCGACUUUACUGGUGCCACAGAGCCGGACAGGUCUAGCCGUUCAUCCAGCGUGCUUCCCUUGCCAGACGUUGGAGCAGCCAAUCCGGAUCGCGGUCUCGGUAUCUAUGCAUCGGUGCCGCCACUAUCUCCCCGAACCGCCGAAGCCCCUCGGAUGCCGGGACCUGUUGCUCCGAGCCCCGCCAGUACAAACUCGGCUGUCGGUGGAGAACGAAAGAAAGAGGGAGUGCUUUGGGUCAUGUCCAAGCCCAUCAGUGGUCCGGCAGGCGCCGAUGCCCCGCGAGGCGUCAGUCGGUCGACGCACUGGCGCGAAUGCUGGGUGGUCCUGUCCGGCUCCGGGCAGGUCAGCGAGUUUGCCGACUGGAAGAAUGCCAAGGCGCUCGAGCCUACGAAUCCGCUCAUCGAUCUGCGCUUCGCCACCGUGCGCGAGGCGCGCGGUGUCGACCGCCGCUUCACAUUCGAGAUUGUCACGCGAGACAGCCGGCGCUUCUUCCAGGCGCCUGACGAAGAGACGAUGCGAGACUGGAUGCGCGCCAUCGCCAGGGCGAUCGAGAGCUUGCUCAACGGCACUUCGAGCGUACGCAAGCUCGAUCGCGCCGUACGAGCGUCUCCCUUCGGCAACCUUGACGUGGCUCAGCGCGCGGGCGCCUUUGACGAAAAGGAAGAAGACGCACGAGUCUUGGAAGGAGACGACUUUGCUGUUCGCAGGCUGCUCGACCGGACAACAAAGCCAUUCAGUCAGAGCAUGACCGAUCUCUCCUCGCCUGGAAAAGCACCAAACGGAGACCGAAAGGGCGAACGAACCAAGGUCGGAGCCCACUUGGUCACACUGUCAGAGAGCCAAGCUGAACCCGCUGUUCAGCUGUCGAAGCGCGCAUCGCGCCACCAACGGGGCAUCUCGAACAAGACUCCCAUUUCCGGAUACCUUGGAAGUGGCGGUCUUGGACUGUCGGCCGCCGACGCAGCUGCGUGGCAUAGGCGCAGUGUCACUGGCGCCAGCGAUGACGCCUCGAGCUCAUCGCAUUCGGCGAAGGCUGAGCACGAGACCGAGUUUGACCGACAGAUUGAGGCCGUCAUUCAACGAAGCUACGGAUCGCACGGCGAGACGGGCGCGAGCCAUUCGGGCUUUUCGCACGCCUCUGCGCAGGUCGAUGAAAUGGGCAUGCUUAAAGGCGAUCCUGCGCAGCGCACUACCGCUCCGAACAGCAGCUUCAAAAGCAGCGGCCGCAACGGUAGCGGGGCGAGCGCUUCGUUCGGCACCAAAGAGUCGCGCGCGGCCGAGCUGGCAGCCAUCUCGCGUCGGCCAGAGAACCAACGGUGCGCGGACUGCCAGAGCGAGGAUCCGCGCUGGGCGUCGUGGAUGCUCGCAAACGAGGCGUGCUGCAUCUUUAUCUGCAUCGGGUGCUCGGGUGUGCAUCGAUCGCUGGGCGUGCACAUCAGCAAGGUCAAGUCGGUCGAUCUGGAUGACUGGACGCAGGAGCAGCUGCAGGCGGCUCGAGACUGGGGCAACGCACGCGCCAAUGCGGUUUGGGAGCACAGCAAGCCUGCAGGCCGGCUCCCGGCGCCCGGAGACCGCACCGAGUUCUGGCGCACCAAGUAUGUCGAGCAGCAGUGGAAAGCGCCAGCUCAAGCGCAGGGCGAAACGAAGCCGCUGCUCGUUCGCGCCGAGGAUGUGGAUGCCACGCCGACGCGCCAAUCAGUCGGCACGGCAGACAGGACCGCGCGUGCACCGAACUCUCCGCCUCCGGGCGUGUUCGUCAUCGCAUCCAAAUUGCAGAGUCGUCCGGCUGGAGCUGGGCCUGUUGCGGAACCGCUGGGGUCGCCGCGACCUAGCGGCCCGCGUCCACUACCAAGCCGGCGCUCGGUCUCGAUGCAGUCGAUCCCGACGACUUCGCCUCCGCAGUCGCCAGUCGGACCGGGGCGCGUAUUUGCAGCUUCUCGAGAUCUGACGAGUCCUGCCUCUCCCACCCGGCGGGCAGGGCUGGAUUGGACCGGGCGUCCCGACGUGCAGACUCGCGAGGCAGUGUCGAACGACCCUUCUGUGCCGACACUGCCUGUGUUGAUCAGCAGUCCCACCAAGGAGGCGCUGCAGCACCGACGUGUGGUGAGUGGGACGGCGCAUGCGCACGUGAGCGAGGCCAUGCUGGCUGCGCGUGCAGAUCCGCGUCUGUUUCCCUACGAGGCGCAGCGAGUGCGCGCGGGCGAGCACGAGCGGGUCUCGUCGCCUCCAUCGUCGUUCUUUGUGUCGAACCUCGACGGCGAUUCGCCCUCGCCGAUCCUGUUUGACGGCGCACCGCGAGGCGGAUCGGGCUCCGACACUGAUGCAGAUGUAUCGGGCGAGCAACAAUUCGGCCCAGCAUCACCUCAUAAACCUCCUGCGCGAUUCGAGGCGUACGCCACGGCCAACUAG